AUGGACUGGAGCUGGGGCACUGAUCUCUCCAACGAGCUUCAAACAGGAUCGCACCUAUACGAAGAAUAUGCGGACCUUGCCAACAAGCUUUUCCAGCAGGCUAUCAUGUUUGAGACCAGAUUUUUCGAGAGCUCGAACGGGAAGACUCUGGGUGAUACUGCGAAGCCAGGUUUGGAUGAGCUUUGA